CUUUAUCAGAGUCCCCAAAAUAAGUAGGGGUGGGCAGGGCCUGCAGGGGUUCCGCAUGCCUUCUCUCCAUUUGCUGUAGGCCCUCAGCAGGAGGGAUCCUUCCCUGCCGCAUCUGUAGAGGAGCCUGGAGACCCCAACACCAUGACCCAGCUUCCAGCGGCAACCGCGCUCCUCUUGCUCUCCAGCCUCUGCAGCGGCAAUACCCCAGGUACUGCAAACAUAUCUGCUACUACAGCAACACCAGCAACAGUUUCCACAACAAAAACAUCUGAACCAACAUCAAACACAGGCAAUGGUGUUACUGAACCACCAGCUGGAACUUCUCCUAACGGAACAGCCAGCACAGGCACCCCGGGGCUGCCUCCAGCUGCUUCAGCAGCACCAGGUGCAAGUACAGCAAGCACAACCCAUGCUGUCAUAAAGAAUGAAUCUGUCACCACCAAAGAGACAGUGAUGAAUCCCUCACUUUCAAGCCUUCAUCCAACACUACUGAACUUCCCCAACAUGACUGAGAAUCAGAGUUCAAUAAAUACCACAGAAAUAUCAGUUAGUACCCAGCAGCGAGAUCCACCACCUUCUGAAGCUGCAGUGGGAACUUCCACACUAACAGCUUCAGAGAAGGUCCCACAGUUGCAAGGCAUCGGAGAUGGAAAAGAUACAAGUUCUUCUUCACCCAGCUCCUCUUAUUCCAGUAUCAUUUUGCCGGUGGUCAUAGUUUUGAUUGUUAUAACUCUCUCAGUAUUUGUUCUGGUGGGUUUGUAUCAAAUGUGCUGGAAGAAAGACGCAGGCACCCCGGAAAAUGGAAGUGAUCAACCGCAGUGCAACAAAGAGAAUGUGAAGCUGCUCACUGUCAAGACAAUUUCUCAGGAGUCUGGUGAGCACUGUGUGGCAGAGAAGACCAAGAACUGAGUGUGGGAAGAAAGAGUCCACCUACACUGGACAAUGAAUAUGCUUAAUCUUCAGCUUCUCUGCCCCAGCAGUGAGUGGAGUCUCUAGGGAUCAACCCUGAUCUUCCCCUCUUGCUCAUCAGUCUGUGCAGUGACUUCAGGAUGCCAUGCAGUGAUGGAAUCCAAAAGAACAGCAGGCUUCUCCUGUCCUCGUGAUGUUGCAAAGCAUAUUACUUCACCUCAAGAGACUUCCCAGGAGAAGUGGGAUUGGGGGCUUCAUGAGAACUGAACUCCAGCUGGGAUCAAGUUUUUAUGCUUCCAGGGCUGAUGGCUUCAUCUAUGGCAAUGCCCCUACUUAGUGUCCUUUUAUUACCCAGUGUUUGUAUUUAUUGUUCUACACUAUGUUAAUGCAGGGAAUCUUUGCAAGUGUAUUAUUAUUAAGAAUUAGGUAGAAAUAAUACUGUGCCACCUUGUACAUAUAAGUAUUUUAUUCGUGUUUUCAUGUGUUACUUUAAUAAAUAAUUGCUGUACUACACUAAAACCAUUCUAACAUGACUGGGAAAUGGCAGUAGUAUUGUCUCACCCUGAUUUUGAGUAUCUCUGGAUUGUUUUUUAGAACAAAAGAUCUCAUCAAACUGAGAAUCUUCUGCAAUAAAUGAGAAAGGGUCAAUGGAUCUGUGCAUCAGAUACUGUAAGGGGAAAGAGAUCUGCCUUUUUCUUUCUUUCUUUUUCCUCUCUAUUUGUCAUCACUAUGUGACAAGCAUGUAUAGGGCAACUUACAAGCUCUGAAUUACAUUCAUGAAGAAGCGGGCAGGAUGGCAGCAACCCUUCCUUAAUCUAUCUGGUUGACACUAACUAUGUAAAUGUUUUUAUUUCUUUUAUAAAUGUAAUAACUUGGAAUAGAAAUCUUUUUUUUUUUUAUUGAGGACCAAACUCAGGACUUUAUACUUGCCAGGCAGGCACUUAGGUCCCAGUCCCUAGAAAUCAUAUCUAAAACACUGGUUUGUAUAAAUAAACAUUUCCUAAAUGCAUAAGUGGGCUAUUAACCUUCAGUGUAUUACUGUCCUAGAAACUAUGAGAAUAACCACCUUCCACACCUUUGGAAAUAUCUUCCAGUGUGAUGUACCAGGAAACUCCACUCCAAGAUUGGAUAACAAUCUUGAAUUUUGCUUUCCAAUGUUCGGACUAUUUCCAAUCAAGCACAUUACACAAGUAUCUACAUUUCUUGACAGUCUCUCUAUUUUCUUUGGAAAGAAUAGGGUAAUAGAAAGAGGG